UUUGAGUCUAGAUCCUUGACGAAGGACUCCAUCGUCGCCGGUGACGAUCGUGAGGCGACUCUGAAUAUCUUUAGAGCAGAUAAGGCUCUUCUGAACGACCUCCAUCCUUCGAGGGAAUUUGGGCAACAGUACUGGCCGACAUGGCAUCAAAACGCGGUCAGGAUGUCGAAACCGAGAUGCUUCAUCCUGGGCAACACGGUCACAGAGACGGCACAACGCCGCGAGCACCGCGAACAUGGAUGGUCGCGGCAUCGAUGGCUUGCUCGAUCAUAGUUGGGCUGGUGUUCGCCUUGGUUCACCACUUCUUCUACACCUAUUGGAAUGGCAAGGUCGUCUCAAGCGACUCACAGCAGCGUUGGAUCAUACGAGGCGGAACUGCUUUUGCCUUUGGCUUAAAAACAGCUCUGGCUCUGGGCACCGGCAUCGCUUAUGUCCAAUACUUCUGGUUGACUCUUUGUUCCAAGGAGUUUCAAGUUGGCAAGAUCAACUCGAUGUUCAAGGUGCUGGGCAAUGCCUUUGAAUUGUGCGAUUUGAAGCUUUGGCUUCGACUGCCCGUCCUGGCCUCAUUGGCCGUUGUAACAUGGACCCUCCCUAUUGCAGCCAUCAUCUCACCCGGCACACUGAUAGUGACUCCCUCGACUGGGAACAGAACACAACUCCUCGGAGUGCCACAGUUUGACUAUCGAGAUUAUACCCCAUUCGCCUCACCCCUCACCUCCGAUGACGCCAACUUUGCUGGAGCCAGCAAUAAACUCGUCCAACUGGCUCUUGGAAGCGCCACGACCCAGUCCAUUCUGUCUAUAUCGCCGCCAAUCGCCAACUCGACUUACUCGGUCAAGAUGUAUGCUCCUGCCCUGACAUGCCAAAUACCUGCCCUGAACGAUUCGAUCGCUAUAGAAGCUGCAUAUGAGAAUUUUGCAGACACCUCGGGCGGUGCCGGCGUCAACUAUUUUGCCUGGGUCCCAUACGGUGACGGCGCCGGUAACGGAUGUCAGAAUGGAAGCAUUGCCAUUCCGUCGGAUUUCACGAGUAGCAAACUGCCCAGCACAACCGAUAGUUGUUAUGAUGGAUACAGUGCCAAACUCAACGUCUUCAUCCCCGUGGCGACGGCCAGCGACGCUACCCCUUACGGGUCUUCUGUUCUGCUGAACUGCUCCCUCAUGAACGCUUCUUACACCGUAAACUUUGACUUUCGUGAUCGCGCACAACUUGUGGGCGUCCAGAGUCGGGAGCUCUUGAACGGAGUCCCAGUUUUCUCGAGUUACGAGAAUAUGGUUGUCGAUGUUGGCUCCACGGCGGUAUUCUCACCCAUGGCCAACAAGCUAAUGUCCUACAUCUCCAUUAUGGAUGCAUUUGGGCGCAUUAUGGUGGGCUCGGUCAAUACAUAUCACUACGGGACUAUUACGCCGGCCUAUACGCUUGUCCUUUCCACGGCGCUCCAAUCGCAAUUGUCUCCAGACACGUCUGGCAAAAUUGAUGCCAGCAACACGACCUUUGCGCGCUCGGUAGAGAGUCUGUUUGAGAACAUCACCAUGAGUCUCCUCAGCGCCAAUGAUUUCAUUGUUGACUUUUCAAACGAGACCAAAGCCGCUGGCACCCCCUUGACAGCCGUGACCAUUUACUACCCUCAGAACGUUUACACGUACGAAGCGGAGCAGCUUUGGCUGGCCUACGGGGUCGCCAUCCUCGCCAACGUCCUCUGCUUGCUGGCCGGCACGUUCGCGAUUCAGCGCAAUGGACUCUCCUACAACAAUGACUUCACAACCAUCAUGAGAACGACUCGCAAUCCGAAUCUGGACCUCCUGGUUCCUGAAGCCGAAUCGAGCGGCGCGCAACCGGUCGCGCCACGGACGACGAAGGGGACACUCACGUAUCAACGCUCAAAUGAGUACGGGUGGGCGGGCUUUUCAGUCAAGGGAAUGCAAUAAUCCCCUGUUUGGUUUUAAGUCUUGGGCGUUGAUGUCCAAAUUAGGGGCUGCGAACAGACGGUAUCUCCUGUUGUCCUGGAUGCUGCCACUACUUUCCACUUUGAUACAUCGUCGCAGUUUGCAUUCCAGUGCAAAUCUGGCGUCUCUACGGGAGAAUGGUCAAACAACCCUAGCUCUACAAGGAUCUCUGCCCGAGCGAACCCCUUUUCCGCCUGCGUGUCGUUGGAUUAUCCUUCGCUCAGCCUCGCCUCAGCCUCAGCAUAUCUUCCACCCUGAAUGGGGAUGCGUUCAAGGACUUGAUCGAGCUUGUGCAAAUCCUCCUCGGUCAGCUUGAUCUCCGCACAGUUUUCCGCCACCCACUCGGGCUUUUCCGCGCCGGGGAUGGGGAUGAUGACGCCGUUGCCGUUCCGUUCGCUCUGGGCUCGCACCCAGCCGAUGGCGAUCUGCGGGACCGUGCAGCCCUUCUUCUUCGCCAUCUCGUGCACCUCCUUGGUCAUCUCCCUGUUGGCGGCCAGGGCGUCGCCCCGAAACCUCGGGUAGCGGGCGAGGUGCGCCGGCAGGUCUCGGUGGUCCCCCAGCACCUGCGUGGUCAGCCCGCCGCGACUCAACGGCGCGUAGGCGAUGAUGGGGAUGUUGAGCUCGGCGCAGGUCUUGGCGACGCCGUUGUACAGGAUGUCCCGCGACCACAGCGACAACUCGACCUCGACCUGGGCGAUCGGAUGGAUCUUGGCCGCGCGGCGGAUCGUCUCCUCCUUGACCUCGCUCAGCCCGAUGCCUUUGAUUUUGCCCUCCUUGACCAACAGGCCCAGCACCCGGAUCGUCUCUUCAAUCGGCGUGUUCGGGUCGACUCGGGCGCACUCGAAGAUGUCGAGGGUUUUCUUGCCGUCCAGGAGGCGGACGCACUCGUCGACCGAUCGUCGCACCCCGGCCUCGCUGCCGUCGAAGAUCAACGUGCCCGGCACGCGGCCCCCCUUGAUGGCGAGCACGAUCCGUGACGCCCGCUCGGGGUGCUUGGCGAAAUAUGCGUGGAGGAGAUGCAGGCUGUUGUGGUCCGGCGUGCCGUAAAACUCGCCUCCGUUCCAGUAGUGGGCGCCGUGCUCGAACGCGGCGUCCAUGGCGGCGAAGGCGUCUUCUUGGGGGAUGGGAGCCUCUGGCCUGGUCAAGCCCAUGAGGCCGAAGCCGAUGGCGUUGACCUUUUGGCCGAGUAUGGUCGCCAUGGCUGCUGGUUGGGAGGAGAUUGGGGGGACAACAAUCCCACAACUCGGGUGUGCUCGUAGUUCUAGAAGGCGAGCCUUGAAUCUCUGGGCUCUCCGAUGUAGUUUACGACCCUCGAUCCCUCACCGGUGAGAUUCUUCCUGGCUGCAACGGGCACUUAACUAAAGGCCAAGGCCGGCCCGCGGGCGUAUGUCUGGAUCGGCCGCCCCACUAUGGAUGUCUGCUGCAUGUCUCGAGAUUAGGCUAGGAUUCCAGAAACGGAUACAUGUGUACGGCAAGC